AUGUCGAUUACAGUAUCCUCAGUUUUGAGGUCCCUACAGGGGAUCGCAAAUGCUACGAAGUCCACGGAGGAGGAAUUGAAUAGGGUUGACUUCAACGUCGCGCUCGCGUCAUCAGAACAGAACAACAUAGUGAACAAGGCGCAUUCAGAGGGUCUUUCCAUCGAAGAAUGGAACUCGUUAAUCGAAGAAACUAUGUCAGACCUCGAUGAGACGUCUCUCCACAUUGCCUCUCUAUCUGUCGCAAUCGCCUCUGUGCGAGAAAAAUGCCGCCAGAAUCAACCAGCAACACCGGAAGAUCUAGACCGGAUAUGGACCACUAUCCGCGCAGCUCUCACAAGCAAGAAUCUCUCCCGAAACCUCUUCACCGCAAACCGCAGCGCUCAAGGCCUGCUGGCCGUUCCUCUCUGCAGCCUGCUCAAAGAUGGGAGCAUCGACGAGCUCUUCCGUCUACACGUCUGGAUGCCUGAUGGCAAGCGCGCGAACCCAGACUUCACACUACACUCUCAUCAGCCCUUUGCACAGAGCUGGAUCCUCGCGGGUGAGGGGCGAGAUCACGCCUAUCAAGUUGAUGCCGUUGAGGAUGUGGACGAGGCGACAAACGCGGGGUACGCCCUUGCGUGGAAUGAUGGAAAGGGGCAGAAUGAGACGUACAAGACCCAUCAAGCCUAUUCCAUUGUGCAGAAUACAGGAAAGCUGUUCAAGGCCGUCGAGACCUCCACUGAGAAGCAUGUACGGAACGAUACGUACUCUAUUCCUGCAGCUGCUUUUCAUACCACAGAAGUAGCGCCUGACCAACUGCAUGCAACACUGUUCUUUUUCGACUCUCAUAGGGGAUUCGUGAAGGACGCCGGGGUAUUGGGACCAAAGGACGGGGAGUCAUAUAAGCAGUUUCGUGAUCCCGCUGGGAUCACACCUGCUGAGCUGGCCAUAGCUGUUGAGGAACUUCGACGCAAAGAGGUAGCUUCCUAA